AGAGGGAAAUUUCAGAUCUCCUGCAACAUUAUUGUUAUAAGUUGUCCUUUAAAUACAGUUAAGUCUAUUUGGCAGUUUGAUUUAAUUUUUUCAGUCCAUUAUAUGCAGACAUUUAUUUCUCCUUCACUUUCUCAGCCUACUUAUAAAUGCUGGGCUACAAAACACUACACAAUCAUUUCAUCUUGCAUAUCUUCGAAGAUUCUUUUUAAGAUGCUGAAUGUUGUCUUUGUAACCUGCAGAUAUUCUACAUCUCCCUCAUCAUGCUGCCCUUUGGUGUGGACACUUCCUUAUUUUCUAAUUCCUUAUCCCUGGAGGAGCAGCUUUUCAACUACAUUGAUGAACAUCAGGAUGAAUUUGUUCAGAAACUUAAGGAAUGGGUGGCUGUGGAGAGUGAUUCUCAACAGCCACACCUAAGAGCAAAAGUCAUACAAAUGGUCAAAAUAGCUGCAGCCAGUCUUGAAGACUUAGGAGCUGUUGUGACACUCAACGAUACAGGCAUUCAACAGCUGUCUAAUGGUCAGAAUAUUCCAUUACCUCCUGUCAUUCUGGCAAAGUUAGGGGAUGAUCCACAGAAGCCAACUGUAUGUUUUUAUGGACACGUGGAUGUGAUGCCAGCUAAAAGUCAAGAUGGGUGGAAAACCCAUCCUUUCAAUUUAACAGAAAUCGAUGGAAAUCUGUAUGGGCGUGGAGCAACUGAUAACAAAGGACCUGUCUUAGCCUGGAUAAAUGCUGUGAGCGCAUUCAAAGCGCUAAACAUAGAUUUACCAGUAAACAUCAAAUUUCUUAUUGAAGGCAUGGAAGAAGCAGGAUCCACUGGAUUGGAAAAACUGGUUGAAAAAGAAAACGAGCGAUUUUUCUCCAGUGUUGACUAUAUUGUGAUUUCAGAUAAUACUUGGCUCGCCAAAACAAAGCCAUCUCUUACAUAUGGAGCUAGGGGAAAUGCCUGCUUCUCAGUGGAGGUAAAAGGGUAAACUCAGAAUUACUUGUGACUAAAAUAUUCUGAUCAUGCUCCGAGGCAGUUUCUUUGAAGCUGAUAUGAUGCAAAUUUUACUAUCUCUAGAUAAGCUUUCCCAACUUGAUGCCCAAUAGAUAACUUGGAUUACAACAUCUAUAAUCUCACUUUUUAAAUGGGAAUUAUUGUAUAAUAUAUGAAGAGCAACAGGUUGUGAAAGGUUACUACAGAACAAGAAUGCAUAUAGUCUGUGCUGGGUUAGAAUGUUGGACUAGAAUCAGGAAAUCUUAGGAGCUCCCUGGGAGAGUCUGAGCUCUCACAAACUCUCAACGAAAUUCACAGAGUUGUAACUGAGGAUAAAAUGAGGGAUGACACCCUUGAACUCCAUGGAGAAAAGGAAAGAUAUAAAAAUAACCAACAGGUAACAGAUGAAUUACAAUCCUAAAAUCCAUCAAUCAGAUUAGAUGAAAAAGGAUAGCUCAGUUGAGUGAAGGACACUAAAACCUGGAAGCUCUGAGCAUGUGCUAAGAUCAGUUAUUUGUGAACUAUACCAGGAUCAAGUUUAACAGUUUUUUCAUGCAAACAUUCACCCCUAGUUUUCCUUUAAAUAUUAUUUUUCAGCAACCCAGUUUAGCGGGAGGGCUAUUGCUUUUUAGCUGUAGUCAUUGUUAGGUAAUUGGGAGUCAGAAAUCCAUGCUGACUUACUGAAAAUUUUUUGAAGUAAAUCUUCCUGAGAUUUACUAAUAGAUCUUCUUCCCACCACUCCCAUACAGGACUUCAUCUCUCUGCCCCUUUUCAGUUCUGGGUGAAUGGUCUCCUUAUAACUGCCUUAAUUUCUAAGAACAUACUUCAGAAUAGCCUUUAUUAUGGUUAUUGAUUAGUACAAUAAACAUGGUUAUUCAAAUGUUUGUUAUUUGCAUAUUCUUCAUUUACAGACAUAUUUGUUUAGUCGUUAAGUCAUG